AUGAAGUCAAAUGCAGUUAUAGUCGUCUUGGCUUUUGCUAUUGCAUUAGAAAUGGCUCACGCUCACAAUCAUGGGCAGAUUUACUGUGGUCGACACUUGGCUGAUGUCAUCGCAAGGCUUUGUGAGAUGAAAGGUCAGAACGUGAUGAAGAAGUCUCUGCCAGAGUACAACACCAUCUCCGAAGAGAACGAAUGGCCCUGGUUCAGACAUUUUCGUUUAGACAGCGACCGCAUCAACAGGUACAAGAGAUUGGUUGGCGUAGCAUCAGAGUGCUGUGAUAAACCCUGCAGUGAAGAAGUACUUCUGUCUUAUUGUGGAAUAUAA